GUGAAAACAGAAUUUCCCCAACUCACCAAAGUCUCAAGUCUCAACUAAAACCCACCAACUCACCAAAGUCUUUGUAUUCAUCGCUGCUCUCAGGUGACUUCGGAGCUUCCAAAGCUUUUCCCUCUAAAACUUCUCUCCGUGGUGGCUGCCUUGCUCAUUUCUCAAUCCUCUCUCUCCUCCAUCGCUGCCUUCCGGAGACUCGCCGGAGCUUCCAUGGCUGCUUCUUCCGUUGCCGGAUCGGCCAUCGCCGCCCUCAAAUCCGCCGUAACUUCACCACAGCAUUCCGGCGAUCUAAAGACCCCUCUUAACCGGAAUAAUUUCUCCCCCAUUUGCGGCCGACUUCGAUCCAUUCAGCUCCAACACAGCUUUAACUCCAACUGCGGACCUAGGUCCUCUUUCGCUUCCUCUGGUGUAAAAGCACAGGUUGCUACUGUUGAACAAGUAAGCAUUGAAGCAUCUCAAGAUUUGGAAGCUCCAGUUGUUGUGGUUACCGGGGCCUCUAGAGGGAUUGGCAGAGCCAUUGCCUUGGCUUUGGGGAAAGCUGGUUGUAAGGUUUUGGUUAAUUAUGCUAGGUCAUCAAAGGAGGCCGAAGAAGUUUGCAAAGAGAUUGAAACAUGUGGCGGUCAGGCUCUUACAUUUGGGGGAGAUGUUUCAAAAGAAGCUGACGUGGAAGCAAUGAUCAAAACUGCGGUUGAUGCAUGGGGGACUGUUGAUAUAUUGAUAAACAAUGCAGGCAUUACUAGAGAUGGUUUAUUGAUGAGAAUGAAGACAUCUCAGUGGCAGGAAGUUAUCGAUCUGAACCUGACUGGUGUAUACCUAUGCAUUCAGGCUGCAGCCAAAAUUAUGAUGAAAAAGAAAAAGGGUAGGAUAAUCAACAUAGCAUCAGUUGUUGGUCUUGUUGGUAAUGUUGGGCAAGCCAACUAUAGUGCUGCGAAAGCAGGGGUAAUUGGCUUGACCAAAACUGUGGCCAAGGAAUAUGCCAGCAGGAAUAUUAAUGUUAAUGCUGUUGCCCCAGGGUUCAUUGCAUCUGACAUGACUGCUAAGCUCGGCGGAGACAUCGAGAAGAAAAUCUUGGAAACCAUCCCAUUGGGAAGGUAUGGCCAACCAGAAGAAAUAGCUGGACUGGUGGAAUUCUUGGCCCUCAAUCCUGCUGCUAGUUACAUUACUGGACAGGUGUUCACCAUUGAUGGAGGAAUGGUGAUGUAGGAGGCCGUUGACUAGAUCUCCUGCCAAAUCACCACAAACCAAUGCUUCCGAUCCAGACGAGUAAAAUUGCAGUUGUCUGAUGCAUCACAAAACACUAUUGAGGCUUAUGCAGGCGUUUUGUCUUCAAGAUACUCAUAGCAAGAAAUAAUAGGAAUGCUGCGGAGGUUUUUAAGGGGUUUUUUUUUUUUAAU